AUGAAUCCUUCUACUACCUGCAUUACUGAUGCCAAGAUCCGCCGCGAAAGCUGGGGUUGCUUGGAUGAAUCUCGAAUGUCAGAGCCCUCUGUCAUGGCCAAUGACAGCUACGCCCAAGAACAUCGUCGCAGCCGCGGUUCUCUCGAUCGCAGUGGAGGCAGCAGUUGCAGCAGCGACGAUGAUAGCCGACCGACCCAUGACGUUCACGAUCGUCGCAGCAGUUGGGGAGACUUGGAUUCUCUCCUUUCCGACUUCCAUGCCACCAUGAUGCCCGCCAGUUCCAAGCCCAACUUGGAUUCCAUCACGGAAGCCACGGCUGCCGAAGAAGAGGCGAAGGCCAAGCGCCGUGCCAACCGAAGGAGAAAGAAGGAAGCCGAUGGCAGUCUCCGAAGCAGCACCGGCAGCACUAGUUCCACCAAGUCCUCGGGAGGUUCUCGUCGCGAUGAACUGAGGCGCAAGAUCAGCCGAAAGCGCCUCAGCGCGAGCAAGCUUGAUUGUUAG